CGAGCACGACGCAAGACAAUCCUUGCUCGUCGUCCUCCUCCUGCUCGAAGCAUCAUCAUUGCUCAGAACCUUUGGAGGGUCUGGCCGAUCAAGCCAGUGGUUCUUCAGCGAGCCACUCUGCUCGAUCACCACGCUCUAUUGUUGGUGAUAUUCAAGCCGUCCCGAUUCCGACAUCCUCCACCUCUCUUUUAGAGCUAGCCUUGACUGUUGCUAUUCCCAGAGGGUACCUUCCAAUGAAAGAUGUCGUGAAGUGUAGCGAACUAGUCUGCUGCCGAUGGCGGUCUCUUGGGCAGAGGAAGUGGUUGAAGAUGGCUGUGUGCCAUUGCUCGGUAGAGGAUGGGGAGGAGAGGCGAUGGUUCUGGAUGGAGUACUGUGCCCGAGCUCGGGAGUUGCCUCUGUUGAGUGAUUUCAAUGGCGACUUCCAGAGAUGUUAUGAUUACUAUCUUCACUCGGGAGUAGAUGAGCAUAGCGAGCUGAGGCAUGAGAUAACGCGAGACGUUCGCCGUACACUACCAACGCACGAGCUCUUCGUGAAGGAUGAAGGAGCGAUCCAUGAGAAACUGGAAAGUGUUCUCAUCGCUGCUGCCAAUGCUAACCCAGCCGUCGGGUACUGUCAGGGCAUGAACUUCAUAGCUGCUGUCUUGCUCAUACACCUGGAUCUCAAUCCCGCUCACGCCUUCAUCAUGAUGCAAUGCUUACUGGACAACUACCAUUAUAGAUAUCUUUUCUCGCCAGGCGUACCACUACUGCCUUUAAGAAUGCGACAGUUCUCCUGUGUUGCUCGACAGAAUCUCCCUGGGCUGUGGCAUCAUCUCAAUAGCCACUCCUUCACGAUGGAUGUUUUCGCCCAGCAGUGGGUGAUGACCCUAUUCGGGUACUAUGUCGAUGCUGACUUUCUGAAAUACGUCUAUGAUCUAUUUUUUCUCUGUGGAUGGAAAGCCGUGUUCAAGACUGGCAUGGCUAUUCUCACGGCUCUAGAGCCAAAACUACUUAGGAUGAAUAUGGAGGAAAUAUCUAGGUAUAUGCAGAAUUCAAAGCACGGUACGGAAUUCUUGGGGCCUGCUGAUGAUGAUGUCGACAUGAGAUUGGCCCAGGAGAGGGCCAUGUUUAAGAUACUGGAUGGGUGUAAGGUUACGAAUCGAAAUUUGAUAGAGUACGCUGGAGAGUUCCAGACAGCCCGCUUACUCGAGGCGAUCAAAAACAUCCCCGCCAACCUCUUGGAUGAGGACCAUCCUAGUAGGAGGCACUUCUUAUAG